GCGUGCGCCUGCGCACGGCAGGCCGGAGGAGUCUUACCCUAAUGUAAGAUGGUGGCCCGUCUGGCUGUGGAACCCACCGAAAGCUGAGAGUCUCUCUCUCAGCCGUAAAGGUCGGACUCGCUGAAGCAAUCAGGCCCUGUUCUGAAGAGUUUUUUCCCCGACCCUCGUUCAGUGGUCUCUGGCGAGGACGCGGCGGCGCGUGGAGUCGGCUACGGGAAAAGCGAGGCACGGCAGGCGGGUCUUCAAAGUCUCCAUUUUAGCUCUCAGUGCUGAACUUCCUUCUCCCUUAAAUUAUUAUAAACUUUUGCUGCUGUUUAAUAAACGUGAAGAUGUCUCGCAGUCCUGAUGCGAAGGAAGACCCUGUGGAAUGCCCUCUUUGCAUGGAGCCCCUGGAGAUAGAUGACAUCAACUUUUUCCCUUGCACCUGUGGCUACCAGAUUUGCCGAUUUUGUUGGCAUCGAAUUCGCACUGAUGAAAAUGGGCUUUGUCCUGCAUGUAGAAAGCCAUAUCCAGAAGACCCAGCAGUAUAUAAACCACUCUCCCAGGAAGAACUGCAAAGGAUAAAGAAUGAGAAAAAACAGAAACAAAAUGAGAGAAAACAGAAAAUAUCAGAAAAUCGCAAACAUUUGGCUAGUGUACGUGUUGUACAGAAAAACCUCGUCUUUGUUGUAGGUCUGUCUCAGCGUCUAGCAGACCCAGAGGUUUUAAAACGACCAGAAUAUUUUGGGAAGUUUGGUAAAAUACAUAAAGUUGUCAUCAAUAAUAGCACAUCAUAUGCAGGCUCACAGGGUCCAAGUGCCAGUGCUUAUGUCACCUACAUCCGGUCAGAAGAUGCUCUCAGAGCCAUACAGUGUGUCAACAACGUGGUGGUAGAUGGCAGAACACUGAAGGCAUCUCUAGGUACAACGAAAUACUGCAGUUACUUCUUAAAGAAUAUGCAGUGUCCAAAGCCCGACUGCAUGUAUCUACAUGAAUUAGGGGACGAGGCGGCCAGCUUCACAAAAGAGGAAAUGCAGGCGGGUAGACACCAAGAAUAUGAACAGAAGCUACUUCAAGAAUUAUAUAAAUUAAAUCCCAAUUUUCUUCAGCUGUCUACGGGUUCAGUUGACAAGAAUAAGAACAAAGUGACACCACUGCAGAGGUACGACACCCCCAUUGACAAAUCGUCAGAUUCUCUCAGUAUAGGGAAUGGUGAUAAUUCCCAGCAGAUAUCUAACCGUGACACGCCUUCACCACCACCUGGUUUAUGCAAAUCCAAUCCAGUCAUCCCCAUCAGUUCAUCCAAUCACAGUGCGCGGUCCCCCUUUGAAGGGGCAGUAACAGAGUCACAGUCGUUAUUCUCAGACAACUUUCGCCACCCCAACCCUAUCCCAAGUGGGCUUCCUCCUUUCCCCAGCUCCCCACAGACAUCCAGUGACUGGCCAACAGCACCAGAACCUCAGAGCCUCUUCACCUCAGAAACAAUCCCAGUAUCGUCCUCUACAGACUGGCAAGCAGCAUUUGGCUUUGGUUCUUCUAAACAACCAGAGGAUGACUUGGGGUUUGAUCCCUUUGAUGUCACUCGCAAAGCCUUAGCAGACCUGAUUGAGAAAGAACUGUCGGUCCAAGACCAACCCUCGCUUUCGCCCACAUCUCUCCAGAACACCUCCUCACACACUACAGCCGCCAAAAGUCCAGGCUCUGGGUUCCUGCAUCCUGCUGCGCCUGCAAAUGCCAACUCUCUCAACAGCACUUUUUCAGUCCUGCCACAGAGGUUCCCUCAAUUUCAGCAGCACCGAGCGGUUUAUAAUUCGUUCAGUUUUCCAGGCCAGGCCGCCCGCUAUCCUUGGAUGGCCUUUCCACGCAAUAGCAUCAUGCACUUGAACCACACAGCAAACCCCACCUCAAAUAGUAAUUUCUUGGACUUGAAUCUCCCACCACAGCACAACACAGGUCUGGGAGGGAUCCCUAUAGCAGGGGAAGAAGAGGUGAAGGUUUCGACCAUGCCACUGUCAACCUCUUCCCAUUCAUUACAACAAGGACAGCAGCCUCCAAGUCUCCACACUACUGUGGCCUGACAACAGGACUGAGAGGAGAGGAUUAGACUCUGGGGUGCUUGCAUGGGCAACCGGAUUUUUGCAUGAUUCCUUUCUGAUUUUGCAUUUAAUGUAUAUACCCAAAAGAGCCAUUAUAAACGUUCCUCCUGCCUACAACUAGUGUGUUACCUCAUAGUUGCUAAAGUAUUUCUGCAUUAGGCCUUUACCGUAAUUUAUUAGCAUAAUAAUUCUGGCAUUGUUUCUCAUGAGUGAUAUUAUCUUUAACUCAUACAAAUAAACUUGUAGCACUAAUUAAGAUCCCAGAUGAGAUUAGCUAGAAUUGUUCUUAUUUUGGCUCUAUUACUGAAAAUAUACAAAGGUAAUGGUAGUUCCUUGUUUACUAAUUUGUGAAAAAACAGUAAUGUCCUAAUCUGCUCCUGAAGAAUUUGAAAAUUAAGAAGAUAAUGUCUAUUGGAUUCUUUGGAAACUUGAGAAGAAAGAAUACAUAUAAAACAAAACUGGUGGUGUGAUUUAAUGCUCAGAAGGACGUUGUCAGCAGUUGUUUCUAGUUGUAUGGAUUUAUAGCCUGUAUUGUGCGUCACGUGUGUAGAAACUGUUCUUGUUCUCUCUCAUUUGCACAUUUGCACUUUCUUUUUGAAUGGUUGUUAAUCAUACAUAGAUGGUUAAAAAAUACCUAUGAUAGUCUAAAUGCAAUAUGAUCUCUUUUAUAAUGCACUGCCUAGUAUACCAGGAAAUGCCUCAGAAACUGAAUCUCAACUUAGAGUUGAUUUAUCAAAACCUUGAAUAUGGGCUGAACAUUGUACGGGAGAAGCAACUGUAGUGGUAUAACAUUUUUAUUGAACAAACAGUAGUUCUGUGGGUUAUCUGUUUGGAAAUUUCAUUCUUUAAUAAUUAAACUGUGACAGUAAGACUGUGUUACAAGUACCUGACCAGAAUCAGACUAAGGUGGUAGAGAAGAGACUGAGGAUCCUCUAACAUUAAGCCACUUAAGUUGUAAUAGUUAACAUUAGCUAGUCACAGAGAAGAGUGGAGUGCUUUGUUAGGACAUAAUGUAAAGUGAUUUUUUAGAUAAUACAGAAUUUCUUGAAAUAGUUUUAAAACCGAUAAUAAAAGAAAAGAAACUGGACUCAGUUCUGAGCAGUGGACAAAAGCUAAUUCAGAAAACCUGAUUGUAUUCCGCCUAAAUUAAGCAUCUGGGAGGAGAGGGGAAAGUCAGACUUCCUCUUGAGAUUUUAAAAACAACUGUGAUGAAAGAUAUACCUUAAUUUGUUAAAAAUAGUAAAGGGGCAGUGUGAAUCACAAAAAGAAGCCUGAAGAUUUAAAGUAAUGAUAAUCAUACAAACACUUUUGUUAAGCAGUGACACAGUGUCAUGUCGGAGUAGAGUUUUCAAGGUUACCUCUCUCUCUAAAGUCUGAUUACUUUCUAGUAGAUAUUAUGAACAAAUUAAAUGGCUUUAUCCUGAGGAAUAGUGAGGCAGACUAAAAAAUGUACUCUUGAUGUCUUUAGAUUGGGUUAGCUGAGGGUACAGAAAAAGCUAAUACUCUAGCCAUUUAAAUUAUUUUUUGUAAAAUUCAGCAUCAAUGUCAGUCUCUAAUUUGAAUUAGAAGUGAUUUUAGGAUGACAUUACAAGAAAUUUGAAAAUACAAAUAAAACAUUGUAGAUUUAUUAAAUAUCAGCCUUUUGUCAUAGUUUAACUAUGGCUUUCAUUUUGUUGUAAGAGGCCAAGACUUCGCUCUCAGUGUCUUUUGUGGUGUGAGGGCUCCUGGACUUUGUUAAACUCCAGCUCCCUGUAAACAACCUGACUAGCUCAUAGCUUUCUCCAGCUUUCAUCACCUGGAUCCUUUUACAAAGCGGUAAUCAAGUGAUUAGCUCCCCUUGACUCACUUCUUUGUGUUGAGAAAUCUACCUGUUUACUUCUUUCCCGGAGUAGCUUUCUCUGCCCUUUCUCAUCCACAGCCAGUGCAGAAAGACCAGCAGGUAGUUGGCCCGGCCCGGUCUGGCCUGAGCCCGGAAUAAAAUUCCUAACCUGUCUCCCUGCCUACAUCUCUCCUUCCCCCUUCCAGCACCCUGUAUAUCAGGAAAAUGCUUCUUGGGCAUUUAGGCUUCAGUUUAUCCGUUUAUACACUGAAUGGCUACAGAUUAUCCUUUAAAUAGCUUUAUAAAUUCUAGACCUUGUAAGCCUAAGAAUAAUAAACCUUACCUUUUUGCUUAGUCGGUAUUUCAUAUAGUAUAGUUUUUAAAAAACAGAAGUUUAAAAAUCAUAGUUAUAAUGAAUUUUACACUGAAGCACAGAAAAAAAUUCACAACACAGUGAAGAAGGCAUCACUUCACAUAACAGGUGCUGUGACGAAACCAAAUUAUGGUAAAGGGUGAGAAAUGAUAAACAGCUUCAAGAUAGUUUUUGAUACAUUUCUGCAGGAAGGAUCUGUCCUCCACAAGGAAAACUAUCUGCCUAUAUAACCUUAACCUUUUUAAACCAGGAAUUUUUAACCUGGGGUCCAGAACUCUUUGAAAUUACAUGCAGAUUGUGGGUUUGUGGGUAUGUACGUAUGUACAUAUUUUUCUGGGAGAGAAGACCUGUAGUGAUUGUAAAGUUCAGGGACCCCUCCUCUUAAAAGAAGAAAAAGAAAAAACAAGGAAGGAAGAAAGAAAGAAAGUUGAAGAAUUGCUGCCUGGAAGUGUUUUUAGUGUCACUGUAGGAAAUGGAGCCCUGGACUGAAUGAUUUAGUUAGAUGAUGACUGUCAAGUGCCUCUUGGCUCUUUUUUUCCUAACAAUUCCAUUAGAAAGUGUUUUCUGAUUAAUAAUGCUUUUCUCUUCAUUCUGCUGUUGCAGUUGUUUUUCCAGGUGGUGCUGUUGCAUAUUCUCCCCUUAUUUCAACAAAGCUUUAAUUAAAUGUCCGAGCUAGGUCUUGAUGGAUACAAGGCUGAAUAAAAUGCAGACUCUCUCAUCAGGGAUGACAGUCUACUAAUAGUUUCAUUUCACAUAAUUUCUAUAAGGUCAGUUCUUAAUAUAUUUUAACCACAAGGCAGCCGUAGCAGUCCAGGCUUAUUUCACUGUUUAUCCCUCCGUAGUCUAACAGUGGCACCAAGACAUCUUGAAUACCUGUACUUCAGAUUUUAAGAUAUACGAUAAUUGGGAGUGAAAGAAUCUUGAUAGGGAAGACACACAUUCAUUAUUCUAAUUUAAGUAUUUCUCAGUCAUGUGUGUAUGAUCAUGUCUCUUGCUCUUCAUUUAGUGUCCUAGGAGUUAAGUAGCGCUUUCCACAUUUGUGUUCUUUUAAAUGAAACCAACUUGAACGCAUUUUGUCUGUGCACAUUUCUGUUGACACGGCUCCUAUUUGUACAGUAUUCCAAGCACCUUCAAGACUUCCAGAGCGCUCGUCUGCUGUGACUCGGGUCCAUAGGGAUGUAUCCCACAGAGAGAUUGCCUCAAAGCCCAGAGAGAAAGGGAUGGACUGCAGGUGCAUUGAAAUCUUACCAAAUGAAGACCUCCAUGUUAUUUACACAUUAUCCAAACUGGGACACAUUGUAUCCUAUGCUGAGUUGUGAGGUUUUGGAGUUUUUUGUUUGUCUGAUUGUGAAUUUUUCCCAAAUCUACUCAAUUGGCUUUUAAGAGAUGGUAAUCAUACAAUUUAAGAUACAGUAAUUUUUUAAUUAUCUUGCACAAAGAUAAUAACCCAAAACAGUAAGAUACUAUGUCUUUAUUCUACAAAAUAUGACCAAAGUCAAACUGUCUGGGGUCAAACUAAUCCAUUUGCCCUUAAUGCUGUCUAUCUCUCCUCUCAGUCUUUUUGUCUGAGUGAGUAGCAGUUGUGUACCUCCUUGUGAUGGAUAAACACAGUCAAGUGUAGGUAUUCCCAUGUGAAAUGUUUAGUGAACAAAUCAGACACUAUGCUAAGAAAAAAAAGUAAAAAUAGGAGUUAGAGAAGGAAGGUACUGUGAACUGGUAUGGGGAAAGGCUUCGGAAAAAGUGUGGGACUUUCUGACUUUGAAGGAUGGCUUCAAUUUAGAUGAUGGAAGGGGAGAGUCAUUAUAAUAAAGGGAACAGAUUGAAGAAAGGACAAAAAAAAAAACAAAAACCCAACCCUCUGCCGUUGAGUUGAUUCCAACUCAUAGCGACCCUGUAGGACAGAGUAGAUCUGCCCCGUAGGGUUUCCAAGGCUGUAAUCCUUACAGAAGCAGACCUCCACAUCCUUCUGUGGAGCGCUGGUGGUUUCGAACUGCUGACCUUUCAGUUAGCAGCCGAGUGCUUUAACCACUGAGCCUCAGGGCUCCUUGAGCAAAAUUAGCAUGAUCUGUAGGAAUUAGGAGAGAAGGGUAGUAAGGAGUUGGGCUCAUCUGAGGAAUGCGGGUCGUACAGGUAAGCUGGGUAAGUGUCCUCAGUGAAGCCUAGAAACUAGGAAGAAGAGUUUCGUUUUGAUGUGGAUGUGGUCAGUGUUAGAGAACAAUAGGUUCUUUGGCAAAGAUAACAGUGUGAUUGUAGCAUUUUAAGAUUAAUUUGAUAAUAUGUUUGGUGGAAAUUGAGAGCAGUUGGAAAGCUGCUCCAGUAUGCCCAUUGCUGGUCAGUCAAAUAACGUUGACCUGGAGUAGAACAGCAAUAGUAGAAAUGGAGAAGAAAUAUGAAUUAAAAGUCAGAAAGCAAUCUCUGGUGACUUCCUUAAAAAGGUAUAGAUGGAAGCCAGAUUUCCAGGAUUAAUGAGGAUAUGGAUGUAGCAGUCAUUGGCUACUUAUUUAAGACAUUUGGCAGCAAAGGGGAAGAGAAAAACCAGAUGAUUGACUGAUUGAUAAAGCGAUAGAUAGAUACAUACAUACAUCUUGGAAGGCAUUGCUUUAAGAUAAGAGAGAAACCUAAAUAUUUAAAGGCAGGAUAUAAAGAGCCAAUUGAGAAGACGAGAUUGACAGUGCUGAAGAGAAGCUUAGGUUAAUCCUACAGAAUAGCAGAUUUCUUUCAGGUGGUAGAAGAUAAACUCCUGAGACGAGUUUAGAGUUUGAUUUAGAGACGUAGGAUGUAUCGUGCCUCUGUGAUUUGUAAAAACGA